GCGAGUGGUUUUCCAAAGCGCGUAGAGUGAAGGAUAGACUAACCCGCAGAGCUCCUGGAUCGAAUCGAACCCAGUCCAGAAUCCAGGGCCGGACACCAGGUGAGGCGGUAGACUCUCCGUUGAGAGGAGGAGAGAGAAAAGAGGCAGAGAUGCUGGAAAACCCUACACCUGCAGCUCAGCCUGAUUCCACCGCCGUCGUCAAGCGUUAUGCUCCUCCCAAUCAAAGGAAUCGUUCUCUUAACAGGCGCAAAUCGGGAGACCGGUUUGAUCGAAGCAGUCUUAAUGCAAGUGAUGCGGAGAAGAAUCAACAGCAUGCCUCUCCAAGAAAUAUUCCAAUUAUAGAUCAAGGUGAUGUAGGGAGCAGCAAUCUCCUGAGUGAGAACUCUCGCCCAGGCUUAAUAGCUUUAGAGGGUUGCUGUCGCAGUGAGGCUUCCCAGCUUUUGAAUGAUCGCUGGGCACUGGCAAUGCAUAACUACAAUGAUGUAUCCAUAGAUUUAUCUGAAAGGCCGGUUAUGUAUUCAGGAAGUAGUGCAUCAGCAUGGGGAAACUUAAGACCUCCUCAUCAGUUAAUUUCUCCAGGUGGUGGUCCCUCUUCUGGUUCACAGAUGGACUUCUUAAGUGAACUUCGCCGUGCUAUUCGGAAUGCCAGUGCCAAUUCCAACAACUAGCAGUCUUACAUCUCUACUUAAGGAUGAAUGCUGUCCAACAGCUAGCAGUCAUACAUCUCUACUUAAGGAUGAAUGCCGUCUGAAUCUGAAACUGGUGUAGUGCUUGGAGCGAUGGUGCUCCGGACUCUGGGUUACCUGUUCUGUUGUGUUAAUUAAAACCCAGAACUUGCUACUUCCUUUUUUUUUUUUUGAGUGAUUUAUUGACAAAGGUUAUGCACCUUAAAUGUAGUCUUGUGAUUUAUGUUAUAGAGUUUGUUCUGCGUAAGAACAAAAAUCAAUCUCUCCUGUUAUAUUUUAUUGAAUUUAUUAAAUUGGUACCUCUAUCCUUAGAAAA